UCAGAAAAUAAGUAGAGAGAAAAAAGCAAUGGGCUCUCCUACAUCCUUGGCAGUGGCCACCAUUUUUGUAGCAGUAAUAAUGCUUUAUGAAUCAAAUGCUCAAUUGAACGCCACAUUUUAUGGUGACACAUGCUCAAAUGCAUCCACCAUUGUGCGUAAUGCAGUUCAGCAGGCUUUGCAAUCUGAUUCCAGGAUUGGCGCCAGCCUCAUCCGACUCCAUUUUCAUGACUGCUUUGUUAAUGGGUGCGAUGGUUCAAUCUUGCUCGACAGGGGUGGAAGCAUUACUCAGAGUGAGAAAGACGCUGCUCCCAAUACUAACUCCACUCGAGGGUUUGACGUUGUUGACAACAUCAAGGCUGCUCUAGAAAGUUCUUGUCCUUCUGUUGUUUCUUGUGCUGACAUUCUAGCCCUUGCUGCUGAAGCUUCUGUUUCUUUGUCAGGAGGUCCAACAUGGAAUGUGUUAUUAGGGAGAAGAGACAGUCUAACUGCAAACCAGGCUGGAGCAAAUACCUCCAUUCCCUCUCCUGUCGAAGGCUUAUCAAACAUUACAUCCAAGUUUUCUGCAGUUGGUCUAGACACUAAUGAUCUUGUUGCUUUAUCGGGUGCUCACACAUUUGGACGUGCUCAAUGCCGCGUAUUCAUCGGCCGGCUGUACAACUUUAACGGCACCGGCAACCCUGACCCAACAAUAAACUCAACAUACUUGACAACUCUCCAGCAAACAUGUCCACAAAAUGGGGACGGAACUGUUCUUGCCAAUCUUGAUCCGACAACCCCAGAUAGCUUCGACAACGGCUACUUCACCAACCUUCAAAACAAUCAAGGCCUUCUCCAAUCAGAUCAAGAGCUUUUUUCCACCGCCGGCGCUUCCACCGUCUCCAUUGUUAACAGCUUCAGCAGCAACCAGACGGCUUUCUUUGAAAGGUUUGCCCAGUCCAUGAUAAACAUGGGAAAUAUUAGCCCCCUCACGGGAACCAACGGGGAGAUUCGGUCGGACUGUAAGAAGGUUAAUGGAGAUUAAGCUACCUGGGAAGGAAGCUCAUAUAUGUUCUAAGUUACAAAAAAGAAAAAGAAAGUUUUUGAUUCUCGUAAGAACAAGAAUCAAUAAUAAUUAAUAGUAAAUUAUGAUGCUUAAUUAAUAGUGUUCAUAUUUGCCCUUGUGCGAAAUCUUUUCAUGUUGACAAAUGACAACG